GACUUGACUGUCAUUCUCCAAGUAUUGGCCGGCUAGACAGCAGUAACUGUUCACAGGAGAGUUGGAACUCACAGAAGAAAGAGAACGUAAGCAUUGGAGAUGCUGUCCUCCUUGAAGAAGCUGUUCUCCUUGAUGAUCACCCUCCUCAUCUGCGGAACUGUGUUUACUACCCUCAUCUCGUACGUCUACAACGCCAGCGAUGUUAGACCUCCACCUCCACCUGUUCCUUUACCUCCCGCUCUGAAAAUCACGAGCCCCCCUAAAGGAUGUAAAGGAUGCAGCGAUGUGAGACCUUCACCUCCACCUGUUCCUUUACCUCCUGCUCUGAAAGUCCCGAGCCCCCCUAAAGGAUGUAAAGGAUGCAGCGAUGUUAGACCUUCACCUCCACCUGUUCCUUUACCUCCCUCUCUGAAAAUCCCGAGCCCCCCUAAAGGAUGUAAAGGAUGCAGAGGAAUCCAUUCUCAACCAAAACCUGGGAUACCUGCUCUGUGGUUGGCAAUGGAGGGAUUUUGUCCAACAGCACCUGUGGAGAGAUGAUAGAUUCAGCCCAGUUCGUCAUCAGGUGUAACCUACCUCCUGUGGAGAACAGCUUCCUCAAGGAUGUAGGCAACAAGACGAACCUUGUGACGGCUAAUCCAAGCAUCUUUCAUCAGAAAUUUAGGGGUCUACAGGAGCGCAGACGUCCCUUCAUGGAGAGCAUGCGUCGCUACAAUGACUCUCUGAUGCUCCUGCCGGCGUUCUCAUAUUCCAUGAACACUGCAGUGUCCCUGCGUGCGCUCUACACCAUCGAGGACUUUGAGAGCCCAAUCAGGCCGGUGUUCCUCAACCCAGAGUACCUUCUGAACCUGCACAGCUUCUGGAGCUCCAAGGGCCUGAAUAAGCGUCUGAGCUCUGGCUUGAUGGUGGCCAGCCUGGCGCUGGAACUUUGCACCAAUGUACACCUAUAUGGGUUCUGGCCCUUUGACCAACACCCGCUAUUACAGCAGCCCCUCAACAACCACUACUAUGACAACGUACCGAGUAAGAAUGUUCAUGCAAUGCCUGCCGAGUUUGACCAUUUGUUGAGGUUACAUGAGCAGGGUGUACUGAAAAUACACCUGGGGGAGUGUCGGCCGUCCAGCCGGUAGGCAGCCCUGCAUCUUCUCAAAGAUGUCAAUAUGUGUUUUGACAACAGUCAAACAUAAUAAGCUCAACUGAGAAUGCACUGUACUGAACAUGCACUGUUUGCACUGAUAUCAUACAAAAAUAGCAUUCUGUCUUUUAAUAUUAUGCAUAAUAAUGUUUUUUAACUACAACUAAAUUGAUAUUUUUUCUUAGAUUUAGAUUUGGUAAAUGGGCCACAUGUACAAAAUGUCGUUUUCUUAACUGAACUUUUUAUGAGGAUCUCAACAACGCCAAUUGGUCAAUCACCAGUAGAAAAAUAGAAAAUGUAAUAAAUGUAUA